AUGCCUGGGCUCAAUCCGAGUAUUGCUCUACACCAUUUGGCCGUAAAGAAGGGCGUGCGCCCAGUCAAACAAGCUCAAAGACGCUUUCGGCCAGAGCUUAUCCCUCAAAUAGAAACCGAGGUCAAUAAGCUCAUUGAAGCAGGCUUCAUUCGUGAAGUGCAGUACCCGGAAUGGAUUGCUAACAUCGUCCCCGUCAAGAAGAAGAAUGGACAAAUCCGAGUGUGUGUUGACUUCCGGGAUUUGAACAAUGCAUGUCCCAAGGAUGAUUUUCCAUUACCCAUAACUGAGGUCAUGGUUGAUGCCACUACCGGUCAUGAAGCUUUAUCUUUCAUGGAUGGAUCUUCGGGUUACAACCAAAUUCGAAUGAAUCCUAAGGAUGAGCAGCUUACAGCUUUCCGUACCCCUAAGGGAAUUUACUGUUACAAAGUGAUGCCUUUUGGACUAAAGAAUGCUAGUGCUACUUAUCAACGGGCCAUGCAAAAGAUCUUUGAUAAUGUACUUCAUAAAAACGUGGAGUGUUAUGUCGACGAUUUGGUGGUUAAAACAAAAAGGAGGGAAGACCAUUUGGCAGAUCUACGAUCCGUGUUCACCCGCCUGAGAAAGUAUCAGCUUAAGAUGAACCCCCGUAAAUGCGCUUUUGGCGUAACAUCUGGGAAAUUUCUUGGUUUCAUUGUGAGGCACCGCGGUAUUGAAAUUGACCAGUCCAAAAUCGAAGCUAUCCAGAAAAUGCCAGAGCCCAAGAAUCUACGAGAACUUAGAGGCUUGCAAGGAAAAUUGGCCUACAUACGACGAUUUAUCUCAAAUUUGGCCGGUCGAUGUCAACCUUUCAAUAGAUUGAUGAAAAAGGAUGUGCACUUUGAAUGGGAUGAGGCUUGUAGCAAUGCUUUUGCACGCAUCAAAACAUACUUACUUAAUCCUCCAGUUUUAGGUGCUCCUAUCCCAGGAAAGCCUUUGGUGCUGUAUAUUGCGGCCCAAGAAAAGUCUCUAGGUGCUCUUAUGGCGCAGGAAAAUAAAGAGGGGAAAGAAAGAGCCCUUUAUUAUCUAAGUCGAACUCUCAAUGGGGCUGAAUUAAAUUAUUCUCCUAUCGAAAAGAUGUGCCUCGCUCUUUUCUUUGCCAUAGACAAACUGGAGCACUACAUGCAAGCAUAUACAGUCCGUUUGAUAGCAAAGGCGGAUCCGAUCAAAUAUGUCCUCUCCAGGCCAGUGGUUUCGGGUCGUAUAGCUCGAUGGGCAGUCUUGCUACAACAAUAUGACCUUGCAUACAUUCCACAAAAAGCUGUCAAAGGACAAGCAUUGGCAGAUUUCUUAGCUGAUCACCCAGUUCCAUCUGAUUGGGAGUUCUCCGAUGAUUUCCCGGAUGAAGAUGUGUUUUACAUUGAAGAAAUGCCACCAUGGAUUAUGUUUUUCGAUGGGGCUGCACGUCGAGAAGGAGCGGGGGCAGGUGUAGUGUUUGUUUCUCCACAAAGGCAAAUACUUCUAUACUCGUUCUCAUUAAGCGAGCUUUGCUCUAACAAUGUAGCUGAAUAUCAAGCAUUGAUUAUUGGUCUACAAAUGGCCAUUGAGAUGGGCAUAGCGCAGCUUGAGAUCUUUGGGGAUUCCAAAUUAAUUAUCAACCAAAUCUUGGAGCAAUACGACGUUAAGAAAGAAGACCUCAUCCCCUAUUGCAAAUAUGCGAAGAAAUUGCUAGCAAAUUUUGAGGCCACCACAUUGGAGCAUAUACCAAGAAAGGAGAAUAGACAGGCCGAUGCUUUAGCUAAUUUGGCUACUGCCUUAGCAUUAUCCCAAGAAGAGACAACCAAAGUCGCUAUUUCCCAAAGGUGGGUGGUACCUCUCGUGGUUGAAGAAGAAGAAGAAGAGCAAGCCAACAUCAUUUCUGUAUGCCUUGUCGAAAAAGAAGAUUGGCGACAAGUGAUCAUGGAAUACCUUCAACAUGGAAGACUCCCGGAUGAUAAACGCCACAGGACUGAAAUUCGGCGGAGGGCUGCUCGAUUCAUUUACUAUAAAGACACUCUCUUUCGCCGUUCAUUUGAUGGAUUGUUUCUCCGUUGCUUAGGAGAGGAGGAGGCUAAACAAGCCUUAGAGGAGGCUCAUUCUGGCAUAUGCGGCGCACAUCAGUCAGGUCCUAAGUUACACUAUAGGAUCAAACGAAUGGGUUACUAUUGGCCUACAAUGGUACAAGAUUCUAUGGAGUGCGCUAAGAAGUGCGAAGCUUGUCAAUAUCACGCGAACUUCAUCCAUCAGCCGCCAGAACCUCUACACCCAACUGUAGCUUCUUGGCCUUUUGAUGCAUGGGGUCUUGAUGCAAUAGGGCCAUUACCAAAGUCAUCCGGUGGCCACUUGUACAUCUUGGCCGCAACUGACUACUUCUCAAAAUGGGCGGAGGCUGUACCCCUUAGGGAAGUGAAGAAAGAAACGGUGGUCAAUUUCAUUCGAACUCAUUUGAUCUAUCGGUAUGGUGUCCCUUGGUAUAUCAUAACUGAUAAUGGCAAACCAUUCUACAAUAGGCUGAUGACAGAGCUAUGCGAGAAGUUUGAAUUUAAACAAUACAACUCCUCCAUGUACAAUGCCCCGGCAAAUGGACUAGCUGAAGCGUUUAACAAAACACUUGGCAGUUUGUUGAAAAAAGUGGUAUCCAAGACAAAGCGAGACUGGCAUGAAAGAAUCGGAGAAGCAUUAUGGGCAUAUCGAACAACAUUUCGAACGCCUACUCAAGCAACGCCCUAUUCUCUUGUCUACGGAGUUGAAGCCAUCCUUCCGUUAGAACGCCAAAUCCCAUCAUUACGGAUUGCCAUUCAAGAAGGAUUGACUGGAGAAGAAAAUGCCAAGCUCAGGUUGCAAGAAUUAGAGGCGCUUGAUGAAAAAAGGCUCGAGGCCCAACAACGCCUUGAAUGCUACCAAGCUCGUCUUUCAAGUGCAUUCAAUAAAAGAGUCAAGCCACGAUCAUUCCAAGUUGGUGAAUUAGUCCUCGCCGUUCGAAGACCUAUCAUCACAACUCAUCGUACAGGCAAUAAGUUCACUUCAAAAUGGGAUGGACCUUAUGUUGUGCAAGAAGUCUACACCAAUGGAGCUUACAAGUUGAUUGAUAAUGAUGGUGUAAGGAUCGGCCCCAUCAAUGGGAAGUUCCCUCGGUAA